AUGAUUGGCAUCCAGUUCUUCGCCAAUGACCAGUUUCCGUGGUGCGAUCACCCCGCGCGUUGCUUCGACUACGCCACCGAGUUGCGAGGCAGCAUCAACAAAAAGGUGGACCCGUGCUAUAACUUCUACGACCAUGUCUGCGGAAACUGGGCCUCACUUCACCCUGGAAAAAAAGAUCAACUUAAGCUACUUGGCUUGCGUACGCGACUCUGGUUACUGCAGGCCCUUGAGCAAAGACCGUUGUCUUCGUCAAGCUCCGCGGUUGACAAGGUCAUAGUGGGCUACCAGAGAUGCAUGUCUGUGGUUGCAACAACAGAGGACCAAGCAGAGCCUAUCCGGAAAGUUUUUAGAGAAUUUUACUUUGACUGGCCAUCGCUCUCGCUGCCCACUCAGUUCAACCUGUUAGACUUUCUGGUUGGCCUCGCGCUUGACUUUGGAAUUUAUGUCGUGUUUCGAAUGGGCUUUGCACCACACGCUGAGACCAACAAAGGGUACUCGCUUUACCUUUUGCCCGUUGAUAAAACUAGUAGUGUGACUUCGGCGGAAAAAGAGAGCAUGGCGAGCUGCAUCCGAUCGUUCAACCCGACAGCCCACGUGGACGCCUCCAGAGUCUUCGAGAUGGUUCAAGCUGCAUCUAUCGAAUUCCGUGCUAUGGCACUUCUUGCACCAGAAUACCAUAUUGAUGAUUACCCGAGAUAUCUCAGGCUGAGGGACUUUGCAGUUUACGAGAGAAACUCUUCCAACACGAUUGAUUUGAUGGCAUCAAUCAACAAUCGCAUGCCGGCUUCGAGACAACUGGGCUCGGAGGCACCUAUCCUGGUGCAAAGCUUUAGCCCUCUCACUCUCGUUGAAUUGAUUAUAAAAAAAUACAAGAACCGAAUUGAAGAUAUCAUGCUGUUUUUCGGAUGGAAGGUGGUCCGAGUCAUGGCACACACAUUUUCAUUCACCUGUAGCGCGUCGACGAUCGUCGAUGCAAUGCUACAUAAGUCCACAGAGUGUAUGAACACCAUGGCCUCCCUGGCGCCAUACGCCAUGUCGUACCUGCUUUACAAAGAUCUGGUUCAUCCGGGCGUUGCAUCGUACACGGAGGUGCUUGCGAACAACAUCCGCGAAACAAUGAUGCGUUCCUUUCAGUCCCUCUCUUGGAUGGACAAACUGACCUUAGAGGCUGCCUUGGACCGGAUGACGUCCAUCAUUGGCAUAUACGGCACGCCGCCCCGGCUAGCAGACAAGGUGGUGUUGGAUUCAUACUACAAGUACUUGCCCUUAUUUGACAAAAUCUUCAGCGGAGAUUUGUUAGAGGCUCUUCGAAUUAAGUCCAGCAGGUUAAAGGAAUACCUUGGCACCGAUCCCCAGCAUGUCGUUCGCCGAGAAGAUGUGGAGAUGCCAUUGCUUGACGCGAAUGCCUUUUACCUGCCGCACCUACAUAUGGUCUUCAUCGAGACGCCACUUCUUCAGCUUCCGUUCGUCGACCUGGCGUUACCGGCUGCAGUCAACUACGGCACGAUGGGUCGAGUCAUCGGCCACGAGCUAUCGCACGCGUUCGGCCCAUCGGCGUCAUGGCUAAGUCGACGCAGUGAUGUGCUUCCCUUGUACAGCAACCAGUCCAAACAAGCGUUCGAUAACCGUUUGUCUUGCCUAGUUGAGCAAGUGAUCCAGAAUAGCGGAAGUCGUCCUCUAGGCCUCAAUUCAAUCGAAGAGUCUUUUGCCGACAGCGCGGGUCUGGAGAAGGCCUACUUAGCUUACCAGAGGCUUCCCGAGGAACCUUCGCAGUUCGGGUACACGCAAGAACAGCUUUUCUUUGUCAGUGGGUGCUUUGGGUUCUGCUCUAUGGACGGUUUAGCGGUGGCAUGGAAUCAGCUCCACCUGCCGCCAAAGCUGCGCUGUAAUACGCCGGUGAUGAACCUUCGGCAGUUUGGAAGGGCUUUCGGGUGCACACAAGGUGCGCCCAUGAAUCCCUUCAAAAGGUGCAACUUUCAAUGA